AUGUCGCUAAGAUACAAGCGGAAAGGACUUAUUCAAUUAGCCCCUACCACAGUGCCUAUAACUCAUGCACUCGCGACGCUGGUGCCACGGCCUUUCUCCCGCUCCGUAUCUUACGUGUCGGGCACAGCUGCACGGCCUCCGCUGUACCUGUGGGCCACGCAGGCCGGCCUCCGGCGCGGGGAUGGCCGGAGAGGCCAUGGUGCUGUGCGCCACCAGAAAGCUCUAUGCUUAACUGAAAUUAACGGUAGUUUCUCGCCCAGCGUUUUCACCUGUGCGCGGCCUAUUUAUCUUUCCCGCCCUUGUGUCUCCCCCCCCCCCCGACGUGCUACCCCUCCCGGGGGUUUACUGCACGGACACACCUUCAACAACGGCCGGCGGACGGGCCUGCCGGGCGCGGAGGACGUGGCGACGGCGCCAUCUGGAGGCAGAGGACCAUGGGUCACUAGGAAUAGCAGCAUAGAUAGUGGAGAAACAGAAGUUGGCCGCAGGGUCACCCAGGAAGUGCCCCCUGGAGUUUUUUGGCGGUCUCAGAUCCAUAUCAACCAGCCACAGUUCCUGAAGUUCAACAUAUCCUUAGGGAAGGAUGCUCUUUUUGGUGUUUAUAUAAGAAGAGGACUCCCGCCAUCACAUGCCCAGUAUGAUUUCAUGGAACGCUUGGAUGGGAAAGAGAAAUGGAGUGUGGUGGAGUCCCCACGGGAACGUCGAAGUAUUCAGACCCUUGUUCAGAAUGAGGCUGUGUUUGUUCAAUACUUGGAUGUGGGUUUGUGGCACCUGGCAUUUUACAAUGAUGGGAAGGACAAAGAAGUGGUGUCUUUCAGUACAGUUAUUUUGGAUUCAGUGCAAGACUGCCCACGUAAUUGUCAUGGGAAUGGCGAGUGUGUAUCAGGGGUCUGCCACUGUUUUCCAGGAUUUCAUGGAGCAGAUUGUGCUAAAGCUGCCUGCCCGGUUCUGUGCAGUGGCAAUGGUCAAUACUCUAAAGGCACCUGCUUAUGCUACAGUGGCUGGGAAGGGCCAGAAACCACCAGCCAGUGUAUCGAUCCCUCAUGUGGAGGUCAUGGUUCCUGCAUCGAAGGGAACUGUGUCUGUUCUGUUGGCUAUAAAGGAGAAAACUGUGAAGAAGUUGAUUGCUUAGAUCCAACGUGCUCCAACCACGGAGUCUGCGUGAAUGGAGAAUGUCUCUGCAGCCCAGGUUGGGGUGGAAUAAACUGUGAGCUCCCCAGAGCCCAGUGUCCAGACCAGUGUAGUGGGCACGGUACCUACCUGUCUGACACAGGUCUUUGUAGCUGUGAUCCCAACUGGAUGGGUCCUGAUUGCUCCGUUGAAGUCUGCUCUGUAGACUGUGGCACUCAUGGGGUGUGCAUUGGUGGAGCAUGUCGCUGUGAAGAAGGGUGGACAGGAGUGGCAUGUGACCAGCGUGUGUGUCAUCCCCGUUGUACGGAGCACGGAACUUGUAAAGAUGGGAAAUGUGAAUGCAGAGAGGGCUGGAAUGGGGAGCACUGCACCAUUGGUAGGCAAACGACAGGCACCGAAACAGGCACAUAUUGCUUUCUUUUCAUAAAUCGUAGAAACAUAGUUACUGUUGUGUAUUGUAAUAGGCUGUUCCUUUAA